CGGACACCGAAGGACAGCUCGAAGUUCCACGCGCUAGCAGCUGACGCAGCCGUGAGUGUGCAGAUCCAUCGCAGAUCCCGCCCCUCCCGCAAUGCUUUUGUACGUGGCCAUCUGCUUCCUCCUCGCCCUGGCGGCUCUGCUGCACAGCGCUGCCGCCCAGGGGGAGUGCGAGACGCACCGCGUGUGCCACUGGUCGGCAGCAGACAAGAAGUGCAGAAUAGGCGACUCCAUGUUCCUCCACCUCUUUGGUACGUAAGGAGAACAACACAACCACACCACACGUCCUGACAGGCAGACAAAGAUAGACAACCAGUGCAAUGCGGCUGCUGUGUGUGUCUGUGUGUUGCAAUGCAGGUGGUGGCGCGGCGGAGCAGGAGAGCGAGGGCGAGGACACGAAAGAGCUGCUGGAGGUGUCGCGCGAGAUGGCCAUCAAGUGCGAGGCGACCGAGACGGAGGACGCCUGCACGGGGCUGUGUCGGUGGGAUCCCGACAGCAAGGAGUGUCUCUUGUGGGAGGAAAUCGUGAUCGCAGCGCUGUCGCACGACGCCAUGAAGUCGGAGGGAUGCGGGCCGCUGGGGGAGGUCCAGAAACGCAAGUGGAAAUGCCGGGUGGGUGGGACGGGGUGGGGAAGAGGCAGCACAGCACAGGGGGGCACGGUACAAUUGGCAGGCAGGCACACAUGGCUGGAUCGGAUCCUGUGUGUGUGUGUGCAUUGCAUUUGUGCCCGCCCCCCACGCACCCACAGGUGCUGGAGGGCGAUGCGUGUGACAAGAACCCAGACUGCAUCUGGGGGUACCCAAACCCGGUGAGUCAGUGAGUGAGAGAUCAACACACCCACGACAAACAAACAGACACACAGACAAAAAAACACACGGACACACAGAAACACAGACACGGCGGUCAUCUCCCUCCCUUGUUUGUUUGAUCAGAGCAAGCCUCAGGAGGGCCAGUGCGGCUUCAACGACCCCCUGCUUCAGGCCGGUAAGUAAGGGGUGUAUAUGAGUACAGACCACACACACACACACACAUCCGCCUCUCUCUCCUUCCGGCCGGUCGGUCUGUGUGUGCAGAGCAGGAGGGCAUGAUGAGUGUGCAGCCGCCCAUCGACUUCUCCAAGUGUCAGCGCCACCUCGACCCUGACACAUGCGACGGCGCCGAGGGCUGCGUCUGGUACCAGGACUCGCUCAGCGUCGGGUGUGACGUCACCGUCGAGGAGUUCUGGAGCAUGCAGUUCCCUGACGAGAAAUGCGAGUACAGGCGCUACCUCGACGCCAUCAAGUGCACCGAACUCUGGGACGCCGACUCGUGCGCCGAGCACAAGGACAUCGGCUGCGUCUGGCGGCCGUCAGACGGCAUGUGCGAGAUCACCGCCCUCACCUUGCUCAAGACCGUCAUUGACGACCACGACGCGCCUGCCGGUGCUGAGAGUGAGGGCGGCGACUACCGGAAGGAGCUGGUGGCCAAGGGCGAGAAGAUCGAGAAGAUCUGUGGCGAGAAGGAGGACAUGGAGGCGUGUGAGAACACGUGCAGUGAGGACGUCGAUGUGGGCGAGGUGGGCGGCAGUAGGUAGGUAGAGGUAGGUAGGAAGCCGCCUGCCUGAGUGGCUAAUUCAGGUGAUGGAUGGGUUGAGUUAGGCUGGGUUGUUGUGUUGCGUGUGGGGUGUUUGUUCUUUCUUCCUCCCCCUGAUUGAUUGAUGUGUGUGCCUUUGUGUUUUCAUCUUCAUUAUCCCUCAUGCAUCCAGUCCAUCGGUUAACUAACCGAACCGCGUUGGAGCCGAGCCGAUUUGGCUCGUUGCCGCGGAGAGCUAGCCUACCAUCCAUGGUGUUGCGUGCCUGCCUGCCUGCAUGGGGGCUGUGCGUGUGUGUGGACAGAUCGCACCUUAAGGCACGCCCCGCCCGCUGUGCGUAUCAGGAAGACACGCCUUUUCUUGGUCUGUGUUCAUGCCCUUUGCCCUCUGUUGGCUUCCCUGCAGGCGGGGUCACUGCUGGCUGUCGCCGGGCAGUGGCCUUCCCUGACGGGGAGCUACAUGAGGGAGAGGGGCAGACACAACCACGGGGCAUGGGAAGGUAUACCACGUGUGUUCCUCACUUUUAUUGGUUUCUCUCUCUUGCUUGACGUACAUGAUCGCAGUCGAGACGACUUCCUACCUGCCUCUCUCUCUCUCUCUCUCUCUGCCCCCUCCUUGGCUGGCGCUGAGAGGGCCUUUCUCUGGCCCUCACAGUGACCUUUCUGCGCAGCAGCAUGACAUGACAUGACAUGACAUAUAUGCCUACAGUACCUCCUUCAGUAUCGAGAUGUCUCGUGCACGCGUGGGCGGACACAUGCUCACACACUGACAUGGUGUGUGUGCCUUGGCGUGUCUCGUCCUUGCUCCUGUCUUCUCAUUCUCACUCUCUCUCUCAGUUCUUGGUUCAUUCCCUUCCGUGGUGUCUGUCUGUGGGUUUUUGCCAAUUUAAUGCUCGCGGGAGAGAGGGUGGUGAUGGACCGAGAGAGUGGAUGGGUGUGUCGGUCGCUGUCUUGCUUGGCUUGGCUUGGCUUACUGACGACGUAUUUGUACGCGCAUGCCUUAAGACGCCUGUCUGCCUGUCUGCCUGUGUGCCUGUCUGCCUGGAUGGAUGGAUGGAUGGCGCUAAUGGGCGCCAGCCGCCUUGAUCAAGCCUAGCCGUCGGCGUUUUCUUAUAAGAUGGAUGCGUUUUUAUCCCACGCAUGAUGACCAGCCAGCCAUGCAUCACCCACCCACCAUACAAGCCAUGCAGCAUGACAUGGCCAGCAGCCAACGACGGAUGUCACUCACUGCGUGCUAUGCUGCUGAUGUGGUGUGCUUGUGCUGUUGGGCGGGUACCGACCGACCAUCCCUUUUGUUGUAGCUAACCCGUUUUUCGUAUGCUGCUGCCGUCGGCUGCCUAGCUGCCUUGAGUGGAGUGCCUGUGCGGUCGGUGUUGGUGUACAGGGCAGGGCGAGGUGGGGGAUGGGAUGCGGGGGGCAUCUAUUUAUGUGUGUGCGGUCGAUUGCCCGCCAGCCACCCAGGAGUGUGCUUCGAUGGAUUUGUAGUCCGCCGAGCUUGUCUCUCGCGCUUCACCCAGGUCGGUCUGGCUGAUGUGUGGAGGGCAUGCACGUCGAGCUGCAAAUGCAUUGGAGCACUGAUAGCAUGGCGACGCGCGGUAGAUGGUGGAUGGAUGGAUCGGACAUUUGUGUGUGGGUGUGGAUGAGCGUCUGUCUGUCAACAUGCAGUGAAUUCGUC